ACGUUUUUCAUGGAGGGUCACGUCAUACUUAUAAUUCAUUCUCUUGUAGACGGUUUGUUCCGCUCUGUCUCACAGGUUGUCACAGUACGUUCUCGAUGGAAUCCAUUCUAGAUGGACCAUUCUAUUUCGAGUUAUUUUGAGUAUUCAUGGCAUUUCGUAAAGCUAAGUAUACCUGCGUCAUAGCCAAGUAAUUAUUAUUGUCGCAUUUACUUUGCUGGCUCAUUUUCUUGCUCCAUAUUACUACGUAUUAUCAGCUUUUCAUAGAGAAAACUUGCCUCAUCAUUGAAAAACAAAGUUACUCUCAAUAUGAUGCAGAUGAAGAAUUUCUCCGACGGCAUCUUUGUCAGGGAUCGGGAAGAGCUCCAGUUUGCAGGAUUUAAAGGAGAUCAGAGCGAAAAGCUGUUUGAGGACAAGUCAGGACGGGCUUGGUCUAUUUUACGGUUUAUUGUCGAGUCGCUUUUCACCGCAUCUCAUCUCAUCCUCAGCGUGAUCUUUCUUUUCUUCUUCCUCACCGCUAUUUGCUUCAGCAUCACGUGCAACUUGGACCUCGCCUUCGAGAUGAUCUACCCCACCGCCCCCACCCCCUCCCGGAGGAAUAUCAUGUCCGUCUGCCUCGCUGGCCUACUGCCGUGCGUUAUCUACAUCGUUAUCCUCGUCCUAUCCCUGUUUUGGGAAGUCUUUAGAGCGGUUCUAUUUAAGAACUCCCUUAGGUUCAGCAUCGCCAGGCUAAUCACUGUAAUCCUAGUCGUCAUUGUGUCCGGUGUCUGGGCCGGCACCAAAGUCCCGUCGACCAAGUCCAUUGUGUAUUUCCCUGACUUCAUCAAGCAUGCAGUGGCGGUCAGCUGGAUGGGCGCGUUUUGCCUGUCGCUUCUCGGGUCUCUUUUACUUAUUGCUAUUGUCUACACGGAUUCAUUGAGGAAUCAAAAGUUGUUGUAUUUGAAGAUAGCUCUUUCAGCCUUUUUGGUCAUGUUUGCGAUAGUUUCGUGCGUUGUGUUUGCCGCCUUUGCGGAUAUGUCAACUAGCGCGGUAGUCUUCGCCUUCUUUGUCCCGAUUGCUGUUGCUUCCACCGAGGUGUAUACUUACUACAGAGGCUCCUACACCAAGAGAACGAAGUUCAUCAUGAGCAGGGGUGUGGCGGUCCUGUUCUUUACGCUCUACUUUGCUGUGAUCACGUUUAUUGUCUCUACUGUAUCCACACAGACGAAGUGCGACACUCGGUGCCGUGAGAGCAUCUUUGCGAAAGCCUGGGGCGCAGCUAACCGAGAGAACAUGGUUACUCCCCGUUACCCGAUAUGCGAGCAAACAUGGAGCAAAUCCAAGCUAAACAUUGCCGAUAUGGCUCUGUUAGCCAAUCUCACCUACAACUCCGCCAUGUACAGCAGCAACGAUACCCUGAAACAAGCCGUACUCAAUCAGUUCCUCAGCCAGAACAACUGGUCUACGGUCUCUUUCGCGGACCAUGCUCCUUAUUACUAUCACGUGACUGACUCAAACAAUGUCCACGUGAUUGCUAUUCGUGGCGCCAACACGCCCGAUGAACUGAUACACUACGCGAAAAUUUGGAAUGAAAUUGCAGUAAUCCAGUCACUUUCGACUCUCUUUCCCAUAAUUCACCAGGUCCCGCGGGACUACCUCUCCGCUUACGUGUCCGCGAGUGCUUUUAUUGACAAACUCCUGCAUCAUGGCUCAACUCGACAGUAUUUCAAAACUCUUGAAGACUACACGCAACAACUCGUACGCAGAAACUCAGAAGUGAUACUCGUUGGACACUCUUUUGGAGGAGGGGUGGCUAAGCUGAUUGCCGCCCGUCUAGGGGUCCCUGGGGUGGCAUUCUCUAGUCCAGGAGUAGGACUCAGUCACCGUAAGUUCGACUUUGAGCUGAAGACAGCCGCGCGUUACCUAACUACUGUUUACCCAGAGAGUGACGUCAUCCCGAUGAUUGACAGGUUGACAGGUCAGGUGCAGCAUGUGCUGUGUGACGGCGAGGACUUCACGGUAUGUCACGCAAUCGAGAAGACGUACUGCGAGCUGAGGAUGGGGUGCAGACUAUUGGGCUACCCAUCAUGCCCUAGUGUCAUCUAUAAAUAGCUUUGAUUGACGUGGUCAUGUAUCACGUGAUGUAAGACGGCCGAGGACUCGAAACACAAAAUUCGCAUAGAUUGAGAAACAUAUCCCGUGCAACAACUGAUUGCAUAUAUAUAUACACACACUUUUUUGUUUGAUAAGAACGUCAGCCUGAGAUUUAACCAAAUUCUAAGAACACGUCAAGACUCAUUAGCAGAAAAAUAUUGUUUUGAUAGUGUACUGCUUUUUGAAAUGCAGAAUAGAAUUGUGUUCAUAAUAACCACCGUCAAUGUUAUCAGG